AAGCUUAAAGCUGAUUGGUCUGGAGGCGUGCUUCCUGUGGAAAGCCCACAUCAAAGCAAGUAUAAAGGGAUUUCACAUCAGUUGUGGGCCAUCACAAGCCUCAACAUCUACCAGAUUUCUCCUGUUGCAUCUGCUGUGAGAUGAAGACCCAACAGCCUCUUCACGUGGCCACUCCAGUGAGGCAGAGCCCUGCUCUGACCAAGGUGGCUGGGACCCCUGUGUAUCUCAAGCUGGAUUCAUCUCAGCCAACUGGAUCCUUCAAGAUCAGGGGCAUUGGUCACUUGUGAAAAACUUGGGCGGAGCGAGGAUGUGAGCGAUUUGUCUGCUGUUCAGGAGGAAAUGCAGGUAUGGCAGCUGCUUACUCCGCACGCCAACUUGGGGUUCCCGCCACCAUAGUAGUCCCAAGUGUCACACCAAACUCAACAGUGGAGAGGCUGAAGGACGAGGGAGCUACGGUUCUUAUUUGUGGAAAGGCUCUAAAUGAAAGUAUUGAAUACGGACAGCAGCUCGUAGCAAACAACCCCGGCUGGAUCUUCAUCUCCCCCUUUGACGACCCUCUCAUCUGGGAAGGCCACACGUCUCUGGUAAAGGAAUUGGCGCUUGACCUAAAGGAGAAGCCCGGGGCAAUCGUCCUAUCAGUGGGAGGGGGAGGCCUACUGAAUGGAGUGGUGGAGGGGCUGCGUCGUGUCAACUGGGCUGACGUCCCCAUUGUAGCCAUAGAAACAGAUGGAGCACACUGCCUCAACGCCGCCAUGAAGGCUGGGAAACUUGUGACCUUACCUGCAAUUACAAGUGUUGCCACCACGCUGGGUCUCAUCAGGGUGUCUGCGCAGACGAUGAAGCUGGUGGGCGAGCACAUAGUCUUCUCUGAGGUCGUCUCAGAUCAAGAGGCUGUAAAAGCAGUGGAACACUUUGUGGACGAUGAGAAGAUUCUGGUGGAGCCGGCCUGCGGAGCUGCCCUGUCAGCCGUGUACAGUCGCAUCAUCGGAAAGCUGCAGAGCGAGGGCAAGCUGGCGAAGGAGCUGGGUCCAGUAGUGGUUGUGGUGUGCGGCGGCAACAACAUCAGCAUGGAGGAGUUGAGGAGGCUGAAGAAACAACUCGGAAUGAUUUAAUUUUCCCUUUUCCCUCACAAUUUUUGGGCUAAAGAGAUA